AUGGCUUCCAAUUUCUGGACUUCGUCUCACUACAAACAGCUUUUGGACCAGGAAGAUGUGGAUGUUGUGCUCCCACUUGAUAAAGAGAAGGGCAUCACUCUUGAAGACUUCAAGCUCAUCAAGAUGCAUAUGGCCAAUUAUAUAUCCAAAGUGGCACAACUUGUGAAAGUGAGACAAAGGGUUGUAGCUACUGCAGUUACAUAUAUGAGGCGUGUGUAUACCAGGAAGACUAUGUCUGAGUAUGAUCCACGCCUUGUGGCUCCAACCUGCUUGUACCUGGCAUCAAAAGCAGAAGAAAGCACAGUUCAGGCUAAACUUCUUGUAUUUUACAUCAAGAAAUUAUAUUCUGAUGAAAAGUAUAGGUAUGAGAUCAAAGACAUACUUGAAAUGGAGAUGAAGAUUUUAGAAGCUCUCAACUAUUAUCUAGUUAUAUACCAUCCUUACCGUUCAUUGUCUCAGUUGCUUCAGGAUACAGGCUUGAAUGAUAUAACUUUGACACAAGUAACCUGGGGAAUUGUGAAUGACACGUACAAGAUGGACCUUGCACUUGUACAUCCUCCACACCUUAUUGCUCUAGCUUGCAUAUACAUUGCCAGCGUACUCAGAGAAAAAGACACCACGGCAUGGUUUGAGGAGCUCCGUGUGGAUAUGAAUGUGGUGAAAAACAUAUCGAUGGAGAUAUUAGAUUUCUACGAAAACCACAGAAUGAUCACAGAAGAGCGGUAUAAUGCUGCUCUCAACAAGCUACCCUCCAGAGUAUAGAUGGCUGGACAGCAGACUGUAAGAGCUACUUGAGAAACCACUACUGAUCAUGAAUGAGUUCUGAUGGUCAUUGUGCUUGUACUACUGUGACUAUCAAUUUAUGUUUCAUAGUCACCCUUUCGGGACAGCAAUAUAUGUAGAAAGUAGUAUUAUAGGUUUUCCAGAAUCUGAAUGUAUCAAUAUUCUGUGAUUUUCCACUUGGAUAAACAGUUUCAGAUGGCAAUGGAUUUUCGUUGGUAUGAUUGCUAUGA